AAAGAAAAACUUGAAAAACUUGUUGUGUAACCACAUUACCCAGUAGUAUUAAAAAUGCAUAGUACAGUGCUUCGAAUUUUUUAAAUUAUAAAAUUUUGCUGAAAUGCGGAUCGUCGUAAUUAUUUAUCUGUUGGAAGUGGUAGAGUUGACUUGUUCUAGUAACGUUUGUGGUGACAAAUAUAAGAUACUGAACGAUGGCAAUUUAAUACCAGCUGUCGCUUAUGGUACUUGGGCUGAUGUACCUGAUUUGCCUAAAGUCAUUCCAUCUGUAAUACACGCAAUUAAAGUUGGAUUCAGACAUUUGGAUACUGCAUAUCUCUAUGGAAAUGAAUGUUUAAUUGGAGAAGCUCUCUCUAUUGUAUUCAGAAUGGGAAUUGUUUCUAGAGAUGAAAUGUUUAUAACGACUAAGUUGGACGCAUCUGUACCAUUCCGAAAACACGUGGUACCAUCACUUAAGGAAAACUUGAAGAGAUUGAGGCUGGAGUACGUCGAUCUGUUCCUCAUUCAUAACCCAUAUAAUGUGUUCAAUUACUCCAAUUUUGAUAUCUUAGACAUUUGGAAAGGCAUGGAAGAUUGCAAGAGGCUUGGUUUGGCAAGGUCCAUCGGCGUUUCUAACUUUAACAGUUCGCACAUCAACAGGAUGCUUAGAUACUCAAAAAUAAGGCCAGCAGUGAAUCAGAUAGAGGUGAAUCCUACAAGAACAAACCUAGAUAUAGUAGCUUACUGCCAAAGCGAAGGUAUUGUUGUUACGGGAUACGCACCAUUCGGUUUUCUCGUACCACGUCCAUGGUCAAACAUAACAGGAAUACCACCUACAUUUGAAGAUCCAACAUUAGUGAGGAUGGCAAGAAAGUAUGGAAAAGAGACCAGCCAAGUUGCUUUACGGUAUCAGAUCGACCGUAGUGUUAUACCUAUCCCAAGAUCACAAAACAGAACUCAUAUAUCCUCGAACGUGGACCUCUUCGAUUUUAGUCUUACUCAAAAAGAGGUGUAUACUAUAAAUGAGUUCAACAGAAACCUACCAGUUUAUGCUGAUGAUGGAGGCGAACUGAUCGCGUUGUAUCUCCAAAUGUACGAAACUUUAUUAAGUUUGCCUACUUAUUGUAAAUAAGUCUUAAAACGAGGACCAACAGUAUACACGUUACAUGUUAUUACUCUUUUGUUAUACAGCAUUUGGUUAAUAUAUGAUCAGUAAUGGUUUAUCACUAUAAUUGUCUACAUCCUCAUAGAACAUAUAUAUUUCGACAUAACAUAUAGAACAUAGAACAUAGAACAUAGACAUUUCCCAGGUGUAAGUGCAAUAAAUGUUAUA